CAUUGUGUACUUGAUGGAACACCAACCUUGCUGCUCGUCCCUUGAGCGACCAGGGGGGAUGCAGAAGUGGGGGACAGGGCUGCAUCAGCACAAUUUCAAAUAAAUAUACCUUGCCUCCAGACAUCAAGCUCAUUUAAAACAACACCACAGACGACUCAACUAAACUGACAAGGAACACCUUAAAGAUGGACCACAGAGAAGUGAGCUUUGUGGCUGAUUUUUAUAAAGGGAAAUCGAUAUUUUUGACUGGUGCCACUGGCUUUUUGGGCAAAGUGCUCGUUGAAAAGAUGCUGCGAUCAUGCCCCGAUGUUGAUUCGAUUUUCUGCUUGGUUCGACCCAAAAGAGGACAGGACCCGAAAAGUAGAUUUGAAGAGUACACUAAAGACCGCGUUUUUGAUAGAGUUAAACAAGAGCAGCCGCAGAAUUUGAGCAAAGUGCAUCUCAUUUCUGGAGAUAUGAUGCAGGAGGGACUCGGAAUCAGUGCGGAAGACAGAAAAUUGCUUGCUGAAAAAAUCGACGUUGUCUUCCAUUCCGCGGCAACCGUAAAAUUCGUCGAGCCACUCGCGAUCGCCCUGGAAAUGAAUACUUUUGGAGCCAGAAAAGUUGUCGAGCUCUGCAACGAACUCCAUCACCUGAAGUCUUUUGUGCACGUGUCUACUUGCUACUCAAACUCUCCAAUAAAAGAUAUUGAUGAAAAGGUCUACGAGCCACCAAUGGAUCCAGACUCGUUGAAAGAGCUCCUGGAGGAAACCCCCAAUUUCAAUUUGCGCAGCAUAAUAGGAAAACACCCCAACACAUACACUUUUACCAAAGCCAUGGCUGAACAUGUUGUCUGGACCGAAUCUGGAAAUUUUCCGUUGGCAAUUGUGCGACCUUCUAUCAUUACUGGCGCUUUGAACGAGCCGUUUCCUGGCUGGGUAGACAACCUGGCGGGCAUCACAGGUCUGACCACUGAAAUAAUCAGGGGCACCUUUCGUUCUUGCUUCUGCAAUGAGAGCUGCAAAAUGGACGUCGUCCCUGUCGACAUUGUGGCCAACUGCCUCCUCGUGGCCGCAGCAGACAUUUCCAAGACUAGCGGCGGGCGCGUGGUUUACAACUGCUCCAGUGGCGAAUUGAACCCUCUGAAAUGGGGCCGCUAUUUUGAUUACAUGUUGCAGGCUGCUAAAGAGACCCCAACUAAAUACAUGCAAUUUUAUCCAUCGUGCACAUACCGCACAAGCAAACUAGUGCACCUUUUCAUGGCAUUCUGGUUGCAUUACAUCCCAGCCCUGCUCUUGGACGUCUACUACAAAAUCAGCGGAAAACGCCAGAUUGCAAUGCGAAUCUACAAUAAUGCCAGAAACGCUGAAAAGGCUGGCGAGUAUUUCUCCAUUAGAGAGUGGAAUUUCAAAAGCGACAACCUGGUGGCCCUGGCGGAUGAGCAGAGCGACGCUGACAAACAGAGAUUUGUUAUGGAUUGCCGGGAGAUCAAAUGGGAGACGUAUGUGAAAAACUAUAUCAAAGGCAUCGUUAUGUACGUGCUCAAGGACGACUCAUUCACACACUCAGCGACAAAAAAGAAGCUGCAGAGAUUGUAUUGGGUGCAGAUUUUCUUCCGCAGUUUCGUCCUAAUGCUGGCAGUCGCCAUUCUUUUGUAAUCAGCUAUACGAACGUUAAUUUGUUUCUUGUGAUUUAUUGGAUAUAGUUCUUUAAGUAGCGUAGAAGAGAGGUACAUUACUCAUCAUGUACUCAAUAAAUAUAUUUUUUGAUAAAAUAUUAAUAUGCAUAUUGUGUAGUCACGAAAGUUUGGCCUCAAAUUUAUAUAAUCUGAAGUUUACACGGAAUAAACUUAAAAGAUAUAAGCCAUGCUUGAAAACAAUGAAUACAAUAAUUUCUACAACAUACUAAUUAA